UUAAAAACUUUCAUAAACGAAGUAGGGAUGCAUAUUGGAUAUUUUUUGUUUUUAUUGGGCUUCACAGUAAGGCGAUAUUUCUCCAUUUUGAGUUACUAUGGCGGGAGAUUUAUUAGAAGUGUUUUUAUUGCAACAGUGGACGUAUACUGCGAAUGCACAACCAAGUAUAUCUAUCUCAGGCCUUCUGAUAUCCGAUUUAAUUCUGAUCACAUCUCAAAAAUAGCAACAAAAACUUGGGAUGGAAGUCACACAACAAUUUAUGAUGAACUCCGAGAAUUUGUGUGGAAAAACAAAACAGCCAGAAGUCUUUCACGAAAGAUAGUUGUGGUGAAAAGAAAAGACGGUCGAGGAUUCAACGAAUACCGAGGGACUGCAGCUUUAAAUAAACUUCCCGGGUGGUGGGUCGUUGAAGGGAAUGAGCUAUUGUGGGUUUUACAGACGUUGGAAAAGUUUAAAUACAUUGAAUAUACAGAGUUCAGAGUUAUGUCAACAAUAUCUGAUGAAAUGUGGUAUGCGCUGUGUUCUGUAACUAAAAAGUCAAAAGGUGGAAUUGAAGUUUCCCUUAAUGACGGUUCAGCAGCCGAUAAAGAAGAGUUAGAGCUGGAAACAGGAAAGAUAUUCUCGGAAUACAAGAAACAUGUGGCUCCCAACUGGAUUCGGAUGUAUUCAGUUCCUUUAGAAAACCUACGACUAAGGCUGUCUGAUUACAAGAUUCAAAGUCGACCACGUAAUACGGCAUCUUGUGUUAAUGUAGGAGUAUGUCACAUGACCAAGAGAGAACAAGAAAACGAGCUACGACACUUUACCACAAAGGAUGAAAUGAUUGAUAACCAUGCUUGUAGACGUCCAAUCAAAAUGGGAAACAGAAAAGAAACUCCAAAGUAUAAAUCAGUUUACGACAGACAUUUAGAUUUCAGGCCUUAUGUUUGGGGAUUCUUAUGCAUCUUGUUUAUCGGAAUGUUUGCCGGAUGCUGCUUAAAAGGAUGUGGCUGCUUAAUGGGAGUGCCAAUAGCUUGGCAAAAUAAAAAAGAUGUUAAAUUGGCAGAAUCAUAACUACAUUCAACAGGCGUAUUUUCUUUCAUGUAUGAAAAGCAGUAAGCUGCAAAAUAUAUAGCAAAGUAUAAAUAAAUUGCAAAAAUAGUUGGCUGUUUUCGGUGGGUUGGUAAUUUUUU